UCUCGUUCCCGCAGCUCCAUUAUGACAAUGUGUUCCAUGUUUUAAAGUUUGUUUACUUUUGACGUUUGUAUAUACUUUUAUUUAGUUAUAUUCAAAUUAAUAAUGCUGGAUGGUCGCAGCGAUGAGAAUUACCAGGGAUAUAUGCCGGUUGUUGGGUUUAGGGAGGGCAGGUCCCAGUGAACAGCGGCAGGAAGCUAUGGACACAGAGACCGCCUCCAAUCAGACUGAUGACACACACUCACAGGACGUUCUGAGUGGGGAGGAAGGCCUGAGUGAAGAGGAGAGAGCCAAACGCAGGGCAGAGAGACGAAGAGCCAGGAGGAAGCGCCAGCGUCAGAGAAAGAAACUGGAGAAGGUUAAGAAAGAUGCAAACACUGGGCAGGAGGAAGACCAACACGGUGGCGUUGAGUCUGAACUGGAGGAAAGUGACUCGGAGACGGAGGAGCUGGAGGAAGAAGAACGCGUGCAGGCGAUGGAGGAAACGGUCGAACCAAAAGCGCCAGCGGCAGCGGUAGUCUCUCAGAACAAAACCGCCCCGACGCCUCCGCUGGCCUCAGGGAACAAAGGCAACAGGCAACCCGCCGCGCGCUCCUGCGAGGAGGAGCCGGAGUGGGACGUGAGCAGUGCCUUUGUGGCGAACGCUGUUAGUCACAUCAGACCUAAGGCCAAAAGUAAAACAGGGCGCAAAUCCAGAGAGAACAAAGAGAACGAGGCCAGGCCCAGAGAGGUCACUGGUCCUGAUGCUGUGACUAAAAUAAGUGCUUCAUUGGCAGAAAAGGGCAUUGAACUGGUGAAGGACGGGCAAUACUCUCAGGCCGUCAGCAUGUUUACAGAAGCAAUCGGAUACGACCCGAAGGACUACAGGUUCUUUGGCAACCGCUCCUACUGUUAUGAGUGUUUGGAACAGUACCAGCUUGCCCUGGCUGAUGCUGAGCAGGCCAUUCACUUGGCUCCAGACUGGGCCAAAGGCUACUACCGCAAGGGGAGCGCACUCAUGGGUCUGCAGAGAUACAGCGAGGCAGAGAAGGCCAUGGAACAGGUGUUGAAACUGGAUAAGAAAUGUGAGGAGGCAGUGAAUGAACUCUUCAACUGCAAAGUGCUGCAGCUCAUGGACCACGGAUAUGACGAGGAUCAAAGCGUCCAACUCCUAGAGCAAUACUCAACGGUGCAGGCUGUCCUAGCAGCCAGAGGAAUGAACCACGAAUCUGCUCAACCUGGUGGCCCUUGCCCCUCCCUUUGGGUUGGCAACGUAACCACCGAACUGACAGAGAAGCAUCUGUGGGACCUCUUCAAAAAUUACGGGGAAAUCGAAAGCAUCCGCGUUCUGCACGAGCGAUUCUGCGCCUUCGUCAACUUCAAGAACGCCAUCAUGGCUUCGCGCGCUAUGGAGAAGCUGAAUGGGAUUGGCAUUGAGAACACAAGGCUGGUGGUCCGAUACCCAGACCGCCGCACACAGAGAACACUGCCCACGCCCGCUGUACCACAGCCUGCAGGGGCUGCUGGGUCCAGACGCAGAGGUCCGGUCAACGGAGACGAAUGUUACUUCUGGAGGACCACGGGCUGUCACUUCGGAGACAAGUGUCGCUACAAACACAUUCCUGAGCAACGGGGCAAAGACAGGAAGCCCUGGCAGCCUUAAGCCUUCGGCUCCUCCUCUACCUCUCACACCAUGGAGCCGUGGGGAGAGAGAGGGCAGGCCUGGAGUGUUGGACAUAUAGGGAUCUUAUUGUUGGGGGGUUAGGUGCAAGUUCAUUGUGGGAACAGUACAGACUGAUAUAUAUAUAUAUAUGUAUAUAUAUGUAUAUAUAU